UUUAUCCUAUUGAUUAUUAAUUCGCGUGUUGGCCAAUUGGAAAGACGCAAUGCUAUCCGCAAAUCAUGGGGCCACGGCGGUGACUACAUCGAAAUGAUGAAAUCACCUUACGCAUGGCGUUUACUCUUUAUUCUCGGGCGUAGUGGUGAUGCUAAAGCCGAUCAAAAAAUCGAAGACGAAUCACGCCAAUAUGGAGAUAUGAUCUUAGGCGAUUUCUAUGAUAAUAUGCGUAAUUUAACCCAUAAAACAUUAUUGGCUAUGCGUUGGGCUCUAACACGUUGCCAGCCUGUUUACUACUUUAAAGGAGACGAUGAUGUAUUCUUAAAUCAGCCUCGAUUUUUCGAUUAUAUGGCGCAUUUAUACAUCGCUAAUAGCCAUCGCUUUUGGAUUGGUCGCGUUGAUCAAGAUUGGAGUGCUUACAGAGUCGUACGCGAUCCCAAGCACAAGUACUACGUGCCUAAAUCGGAUUAUAAAGAAAAGUUAUUUCCUCAUUUUUGUUCUGGUUUCGCUUAUGUUAUGAGCUUUAGCGUCUUACGCGAUUUAGUCAGCGCUAUUGCCAAUGUCACAUUACUCAAGACAGUCGAUGAUGCCUAUGUUGGAAUCUUAGCCAAGACUGCUAAAAUUAAACCCAUGAACAACCCACGCUUCCAU